AUGUCGAAUCGCGUAUGUAUCUAUCAUUUUUUUGUCCCUCGUAUGAUACCAGCUCCGAGCCCUAGCAAAGAGCGAAAAUUACUCAAACCACACAAUCCUGGCACUUCGCCAGUGAAAAUCUGUGCAGCCCCGGUGCGUUCGCCCCUGGUUACUCCGACGAAGAGCCAUGGUGAUCGAUUUAUACCCAUACGUAAACCAAAUAGUGAAUGGACAACUCGAUAUAAUGCCAUAGUUUGUCCUGACCAAGAGUCAACUACACCAUUCAAACGUCCGAACACAAAUCGUCCUCCUGCGGCUUCUACAAAUAUAUCAAACAAUAAUGGAAGUCCAGGCUCUCAGUAUAAUCCCGCUCAGGUGCGUUGCUUGAUCAUAACAGAUUUACGUUUCUCAAAUCAAUGAUU